CAACUCUGAUACAGAAUGGUUUUCUUCCCUAUCGCCUACGAUUUGCUCUGGGCCAGAGUCAGGGCUUAUCUAUCUUAUAUUACUUGUUACCUAAAACCCUAAUUCAAAACCCUUCGCAUACCCAAAAGAAAUCAUGACUGUUCUCAGUAAUAAUGUGUUCGACUCUCUCAUGACCAGAGAAGUAAGGCCUUUCACAGUGCGAAAUAGGCCCAAUCUGGCCACAAUGACAUCUGAGGGAGGGGUUGGCAAUGGAGUUCUAACUAUCGAAUGUGAUUAUGGCUCUACGCCCGCGCUUGCUGUCUCAUUUGCCAAGACAAGGAGUUGCGGCCAUAUUCUUGCUGUUUCAGAUGAAGAAGGGUUUGUUAGUCUGUUCAAUACACGCCGCCGGUUGCCAUCGUUUAUGUCUUGUGAACAAGAAACAGUGAAUGCAAGGACAGAACGGUGGAGAGCUCAUUAUAAUGCCCUCUUUGACCUUUGUUGGAUUCGGGAUGAUGCCUGGAUGUUGACAGCUUCUGGAGAUCAGGCGAUUAAGCUCUGGGAUGUAGAGGCCAGGGCAGGACUUGGUAUCAUGAAAUUCCAUACAGGAAGUGUCAAGUCACUAUGCUCACAUCCUCUGCAGUCUGAACUCUUUGCAUCAGGCUCAAGGGAUGGCACUAUAGCCUUUUGGGACAUGCGCAGUGCCUCAUCUUCAUGUGACCAAACCAACGAAGAAUGUUUUCUUCCAGUUGCCAGUAUAAUAGAUGCACACAUUGCAAAUCAUGGACGGAGAGUACAGCGAAAUAAGGCUUCAAAAAGCAUCACAGCUGUUCUUUAUCUUAAAGAUGAAAGAGUAAUUGCUAGUGCAGGAGCUGCAGACAGCGUAGUCAAAUUCUGGGAUACUCGAAAGCUGAAAGCUCCAAUUGCACAAACCCCUCAUCAAUGCCAGGAAGGACGAGUUCAUGGAGUAUCUAGCCUGGCUCAAGAUUCAACUGGGACAUUUAUCAUAGCAUCUUGCAUGGAUAACAAGAUUUACAUGUAUAAUACACUUCAACCAGAUAAGAGUCCUCUGAAAAGCUUUUCAGGUCAUGAGCUUGAUUCUUUCUACAUAAAGUCUUGCUUCAGUCCGGAUGGAACUCAUAUACUCAGCGGAUCAAGUGAUGGGAAUGCCUUCAUAUGGCAGGUUGAUAGGCCAGAAGAAUCUCCUGUUAAACUCAACGGACAUCUACGGGAGACAACUGCUGUUGACUGGUGCCCAUCUGAUUUCUGUAAGAUUGCGACAUGCUCAGAUGAUUACACGGUUCGUGUUUGGAACAUUGAGAAUUCCAAUUUUGAGAGAAUGCAUUCUACGCCAUCUGCAAUCCGUCAAAGAAUAUCCGCUUAUCCUGCAUCCAUUUCCCAGAGAUUAUUUAGUUCCCCACAUAACGGGCAUCUUGAAAAUCCUCUCCCAGAUACCCCUGCCUAUGAUCUAGAAUUUGUCUCUGCAGACAAAGAUAAAGCCAUUACAUCACAUUGUUUACGAGAAAAUGAAGCUUCAACGCCGAAGGCCUCGAAGAUCUCAGUAUCAAAAUCAUUGUCGACGGAAAGCUUAUCGUUAAGCCCUAAUUCAGACGUUCUUUCAAGGGUUUUCUCGCCAAGUGGUAAAGAAGGUGGAGCUACUACUGAAAGAACCCCAGAAUCCAUGAAGAGCCCCUCUUCAGUCUUAAAUCCGCCCUCAUCUUCAAAGAGAAAAACCAUUCUGGAUUAUUUUGGGGCAAAUUAAUGGUUUGGUUUUUCAAUGUUCUUGGUGCUAAAUGAUACAAAGGUCCUCUAUUAAUGUCUGUAAUAGGUGUAUACGCCAUAGCUAAACGUGAAAUCAUACAGUAAAUCAACCAUAUGCAGGCCUUAACAAAGUUGCAAAGGCGAUAUUGGUUAUUCGAGUGUACAGAUAUACAUUGCACGAAGGUUUAAUCCGCGUCUAUUGAGUUGAUUAUAGCUGUAAAAUGUACAGCUGCAUCAUUUACUGAACAAUGCGCGCAAUAUUUUUUUUGUUAAAAAUGUUCAUAAAAAUUGAUUUUGGCUGGAGGUAAUGGACAUGGACGAUUUGAAAUCUUACCUUAUGCAAUGGAAUUAUGUAUUUGAAUAUCCUUCAUGACAACGGCGAUAUGGUGCAUUGACUUCAAUAAUAUACAUGUGGGUUAUCCUC